AUGUCGUGGCAGCCAAAGCUUCGUCCCAAAGGUUUCCCACAUAGCAUUGAUGAUUUUACGGCUGUAGCUUCAUUGUCAGAACUGGAACAUCGGGCCCGGACUGGCGAAGACAAGCGCGACCAGCGCGUCUUCCGAGUCAAGCGUAAGCAUGUUUUGAAGGCCUGUGAUCGCUGUCGCGUGAAGAAGACCAAGUGUGAUGGGAAACAGCCUUGCAACCGCUGCUCGGUAUACAACCACCCUUGUCUAUUCCGUGAAAGAAAGGCCACUCAGACCAAAGUAUAUUCUCGAGGAUUCGUCGAAAUGCUCGAAUCCCACCAUUCCCUGGUCGUAAAAGCCCUUCAGAAACUAUACAAAUUCUGCAUCAACAACGAAGGCUUCCCGGGCGAUCCACUUGCCGAAGCCCCAGACGGACACCCCUUAACACACGCAAUCCUCGACCGUCUAGGCCUAAUCAAACAAGCCGAAGAAAACGCAGACGAGCCAGACGAAGACUCAGAGGAUCUGCGCUACCUACGACUGCUAUCAACUUCCACCGAAUGCAGCGUCACAGCAGAGCCAUCUCCAGAACCAACAACACCCCCAGAGCCAUCCCCAACCCUCUCCCGCCCACCAUGUCCAAUCCAAACACCCAUAUCCGUGCCCAGCCGUACAACAACAAGCUGGCAGUGGGAUCUCCAGCCCGUCCAGCAAACAAGCUACAGCUACCCAGACGCAGGGUACCACGACCUAGUGGCGCUGCAGCAACGCUCAUCCAUGAGCGUGCCAGACAUGGGCCCUGAUAUCGCGCCCCAUGUUGAUAUGCCCUCUACAUCUUCGCACCAUCAUCAACAUGCGCACCACGAGUCCUUCCCGUAUGUCCUGGAUGGAUGCUGCGAUCCCGGUACGCCCCAGCAGGAUGUGAAGCCCGUGCUGGCUAGAUUACCCCCGGGCCUCAUGGCGGAAUCUCAUACCCACCCCAUCCAUUUAACCGGGAAUCUCUCAGCGGAGAUGAUGGGCGAGUUCCAUUUCCAGACGCACGACUCGGCGUUUUAUCCUGGGUUUACGCCCGGUUGGAAUUUUCCGUCUGGCUGA